AAGCCCCUGCGCUAUAAUUGAAAUGGCGCAUUUGGCUGCGGGCGGCCUGUGAGGGCUGCUUUCUGCUGCGGCGUGCAUGCACGUCCGUGGACGUCAUUUGAUUUGAAUGGCCUGAGGGGAGUGAGUGAGUGAGUGUGUGUGCGAAUAUAUGUGUGUGUGUGUGUGUGUGCCUCUUUGCAACAACAACCACAUCAUCAUCACCAUCAUCCACUCCAGACAUUGAGGCGAAGAGCUGGAAAGGAAGAAGAGGAAUUCUCGGAUGCUGAUUUUGUUGACUUUUAUCAACAAGUUCUUAUCGGCUUUUUAUGAGAGCACGGCGAGAAAUGGCUGACUGGCCGACUUUGAACUUUGGAGAUGGAGCUUGAACGCCCUUAGCUUCAAGUCGCCUCUGGGACUAUUAGUACAUAUUUUAAAAAACCCCGUUUCCCCUCUUUUUGUUGUUUAAACUUUGAGUGAACGCGAACGUAUGUUCCCUCUUUGUUGUUGUUUUUAUUAUUCCCCCCCCCCCCUCCUCCGUAGCCCGGGAAAACACAGACACGUGCACGCGCACGCAAACAUAUAAGUUCCUAUCUGUGCGGGCGUAAUUUUUCGAGUCCAAGAGGGGAGGAGGUGAAGAGAAAGAGUGAGGAGGGGGGGGGGGGGGGUAGGGGGGGGUUAUAUCACGCUUUUCUUUCCCGGAGAAAAUUGCCUUGGCGAGAGAGAGGAGUUGAGCUAAUUGUAGCCUAAUCCCUGGCCCAGAGGCGCUCGGGCAGCCCGGAGCCACAUUCUUCAUCAUCAUCAUCAUCAUCAUCAUCCCUUUCUCCCUCUUCGGGAUUCUUUUUUCUUCCACUCCCAAUAAACGACAGGAAGACUUUAAUUUCAAGAAGGAGGCGGAGGAAGACUAAGACGAGGGGGGGAAGGAAGGAAGGACGCAAGGAAGCAAGCUCAUCUAUCGAUGUUCAAGGAGGGGCGAAGCAUGUCGCGGCUCUCUCUGACCCGGUCCCCGGUUUCCCCCCUGGCCGCCCAGGGCAUCCCUCUGCCGGCGCAGCUCACCAAAGCCAACGCGCCCGUGCACAUCGACGUGGGCGGGCACAUGUACACCAGCAGCCUGGCCACGCUCACCAAGUACCCGGACUCGAGAAUUAGUCGCCUGUUCAACGGCACCGAGCCCAUCGUGCUGGACAGCUUGAAGCAGCACUACUUCAUAGAUCGCGACGGGGAGAUAUUCCGCUACAUCCUCAGCUUCCUCAGGACUAGCAAGUUGCUGCUUCCCGAAGACUUCAAGGACUUCCAGCUGCUUUACGAAGAGGCGCGCUACUACCAGCUGAUGCCCAUGAUCAAAGAACUGGAGCGCUGGAAGCAGGAGCGCGAGCAGCGGCGCAUGGCGCAGCCCUGCGACUGCCUCGUGGUGCGCGUCACGCCCGACCUGGGCGAGAGAAUCGCCCUGAGCGGCGAGAAGGUCCUCAUCGAGGAGAUCUUCCCCGAAACGGGUGACGUUAUGUGCAACUCGGUCAACGCCGGGUGGAACCAGGACCCCACCCACGUCAUCCGCUUCCCCCUCAACGGCUACUGCAGGCUCAACUCCGUGCAGGUCUUGGAGCGUCUCUUCCACAAAGGCUUCAGCGUGGCGGCGUCCUGCGGCGGCGGCGUGGACUCAUCGCAGUUCAGCGAGUACGUGUUGUGCCGCGAGGAUCGGCGUAGUCUCUCUAUCAACACGCCCAUCAGGAUAAAACAAGAACCUCUGGACUAGAGCGGCGGGGAUGGGACUGCCCAGCCAACCCCCCCACCCACAAUCAGACCACCGACCACAAACACCCACACCCUAAAUACGUACUAGCAGAGGCUCGUCCAACCCUCUGAGGGGAAUGUAGACGCAAAAAAAGAAGAAAAAAAACAGGUUUGGAAUUCCGGCCAAAGAGCAGAUAAACGCGAGCAGCUUACUUGAAUCUUAAGGACCACCGGGAGCACCGACACACAUCAUUUCGGAAGUUGUUUUUUUUUACUCGGAAAAGGAUGGACACAUGUUCUAAUGUUAAGUGUCUUUUUCUCCUUUCUGAAAUAUGAAGGACGGACAGAUGGAUGUGUUGGUUCCCCCGAGCAUGUUGGGAGAGAGCGUUUUUUUUGGCAGGAAGCAAUUGCCAAUGCAUUCCAGAUAGGGUCGCUUUUUUGUUGCUUUGAUUUUUUUUUCCUCACACACAAA